UGAUCUCAAAGGCAGACAGCGAUGUGAAAGUAAAUACCUAACAACUCCGCACCCUGGCCCACGUGCUCCACAUUCACACAGAAACGAUGCAAAUCCCCUGCCUCCUUCCCUCCUCCCUAAUCUCUCUUUCAGCAUUUCUAUCCCUACUGCCCUCCCCUAUCCAAAUUUUCCAGCCAGCAGCUAGAGCUGACUUCCGCAAUCCUGAUGGAAUAAAUCCAGAGCCCCUAGUCAUCCGUCCACAUUAUCCACAUUUCCCUGCCGUGACGAGCCCAGAGAACAGAUCCCCAUCAGCAGGAUGUGGGGGCUCAAGGUUGUACUACUGCUGCCUGUGAUGAGCUCUGCUCUAUACCCUGAGGAGAUACUGGAUACCCAGUGGGAGCUAUGGAAGAAGACCUACAGGAAGCAGUAUAACAGCAAGGUGGAUGAAAUCUCUCGGCGUUUAAUUUGGGAAAAAAACCUGAAGCAUAUUUCCAUCCAUAAUCUUGAGGCCUCUCUUGGGGUUCAUACGUAUGAACUGGCCAUGAACCACUUGGGCGAUAUGACCAGUGAAGAAGUGGUUCAGAAGAUGACUGGACUCAAAGUACCCCCCUCUUAUUCCCGCAGUAAUGACACCCUUUAUAUCCCAGACUGGGAAGGCAGAACCCCAGACUCUAUUGAUUAUCGGAAGAAAGGAUAUGUUACUCCUGUCAAAAACCAGGGUCAGUGUGGUUCCUGUUGGGCUUUUAGCUCUGUGGGGGCCCUGGAGGGCCAACUCAGGAAGAAAACUGGCAAACUCUUAAAUCUGAGUCCCCAGAACCUGGUGGAUUGUGUGUCUGAGAAUGAUGGCUGUGGAGGGGGCUACAUGACCAAUGCCUUCCAGUAUGUGCAGAAGAACCGUGGCAUUGACUCAGAAGAUGCCUACCCAUACGUGGGACAGGAUGAAAAUUGUAUGUACAACCCAACAGGCAAGGCAGCUAAGUGCAGAGGGUACAGAGAGAUCCCUGAGGGAAAUGAAAAAGCCCUGAAGAGGGCAGUGGCCCGAGUGGGACCUGUCUCUGUGGCCAUUGAUGCAAGCCUGACCUCCUUCCAGUUUUACAGCAAAGGUGUGUAUUACGAUGAAAACUGCAAUAGCGAUAAUCUCAACCACGCAGUCUUGGCAGUGGGAUAUGGGAUCCAGAAGGGAAAAAAGCACUGGAUAAUUAAAAACAGCUGGGGAGAAAACUGGGGCAACAAAGGCUAUAUCCUCAUGGCUCGGAAUAAGAACAACGCUUGUGGCAUUGCCAACCUGGCCAGCUUCCCCAAGAUGUGACUUCAGCCAGGCGACCUCAUCCUGCUCUUCCAUCCCUUCCAUGAUGGUGCAACUUACUGAUGUACUUCAGAAGGGAACUGGUGUGUCUUUCCUGAAGCAGAUGUAGUGAUACAGAGCUGGUCCAUCGGUUUCCCUACUUGUUAGUACUUCAAGUGACACUCCUACUACUUUUCUGCUCUCCACCCAAGGUCUUUAUUUUUUCAUUGUGGCCAGACCAGAGCUUUCCCUAACAGGUAUACAUUCUUAGGCUAGGAGAUGUGACCACAGUCUGCCCUGUGUUGUCCUGGGCUGGUGCUGUGUAAAUAGAAGCUAGAGAUCUUCAGAUAGGCUAGAUUCUCAUAUACAGGGACUAGAUAGCUUUAACCACUCUAGAGGACUAAGGUGACCUGACUUCUCAGUCUCCACAUUUAUUUCUCUAUCUUCAAGAUAGAAAUUGCCCCUCAAUUAAUAAGUCUAGUCAUAAAUCUUUGGUACAAGCUUACAUAUACAGAAAAUGUGUUUUCUUUUUCCUUCUUUGCAUUUUUAAAGUAAACUGUAUUUAUCUCUUGUCUAUAAUUUAAUAAAUAGCUCUUUAAUAAACA